AUGACCUCCAGCCUUCCUCUCCUCCUGCUGGCAUUGUGCAGUUUAUCUGCAGCUGAAGCACAGCUGACUGUUUUUAAUCUGCGGGCCAGCGAUCUUCCUUCUGGCAUCGUGGUAACUACAGAUGGCUAUGUCAAGGUGUUCUGUGGCUCCGCUUCUCUGGGUGAAACAUCUGUUCGUAACAACGACCCAAACCCUUGGUGGGAGGAAAAGUUCACCUACUUCCAGGGCCAGGAGAAUGACGUACUGAGGCUUGAGGUUCAUGACAGUGACAUCUUCUUCAAUGACCUCCUAGGAGUUUGCCAGAGACAGAUCAAGCCUUCUAGUUUCAUGCGUGAGCACGACUGCUUCCUCGAGAGUGGCGGACUUCUCCAUUACUCCUAUACCCUUAAUGGAAACAAUCAGUAG